UGCAGGCACGGAUUGAGAACACAGACGUAAAGAGAGGUAACACUGAACAAUGGCUUGUUUCUGUGCCAAAAGUUGACUCUAUGAAGACUAUUUCGUUGAUGUUCAGAUUAUGGCGAGUUUAGCUGAUGUGUUUAAGGAGAAGGAACGGUCGAACUGGCUUAAGGCAUGGCUAGCAAUAGACAUUGCGAAGUCUGGCUUGGAGCACUUAGCUGACAACGAGGCUCAGACUUUUCACCAGCACAUUUACAGCCAAGUUACAUCUACUCUUAAGUCACAAUCAGCUACUUGCACCAGCUGUAACACAACAAAUUUACUGCAAAACCAAAAAUGUCCAAACCAGAUUUGUGAUAAAGUUUGCCAGGAAAUUAUCAAGGAACAUCGGUACAAAAAAUGUUCUUGGAACAAUACAUCUGCGCCAUUAUGGCAAACGCACUAUUGGGAAAUAGCGAAAUGUUACAUCCAAACAGAUGGAUAUGCUGACAAGAUAUCGAUUCAAGAUACAGACUUCAACGGCGUCGUCAGUUUUAUGCUGAACUGCACACGCUUUAAUAGCAAGUUUUCUUUUCCAAUAACAAAGGGAAAGCCAACUCUAAACAAGCCUGCAUGCCUCCUGUAUAAGGCUCGUGAAGUCCAUAAAGCUGUGCGGCACUCUUCACAAAUGGAAGUUACUGAUGUCGAUCUUCAAGACUAUUUCACAACAUUGAACAACCUGCUGAAAGAUUCAAGCCAUCUCAGUAAAGAUAACGUUGCCAAAAAUGCUGUGGUGAAAUUAGCGAAGUUGGAAAAAGACACAUUACUAUUGACUACAGCAGAGAUGAUGUGUUUCCUGGAUGCUGUUGGAACAACUUUGAAACAACACUUGAAAGGUAUUGCAAAAGACGUUGUUGACGCAUCGGUGAAUGACCUUAGAGUAAACACAACAUUGUGUAUUGAAAACAUUAAAGAUUUUAUGAGCAAUUGUAAGCAAGAACUCGCAAAACAGGCAGAUAUACAUAAACAGGAUAUCGAUGAACACGUCGACAGUCAAAAACAAGGCAUAGAUGAUCACACCGGAAGACACAAACAGGGCAUAGAUGAACAUGUCAAAGGACACAAACAGGGCAUGGAUAAACACGCCGAUAUACACAAACAGGGCAUGGAUAAACACGCCGAUAGAUACAAACAGGGCAUGGAUGAACACGCCGAUAGACACAAACAGGGCAUGGAUGAACACGCUGAUAGACACAAACUGGGCAUGGAUGAACACGCUGGUAGACACAAAAAGAGCAUGGAUGAACACGCUGAUAGACAAAAACAGGGCAUAGAUGAACACACCAGUAGACACAAACCGUGCUUAGAUGAACAAGCAGAAAAAUGCAUUAAGGACAUCCAAGAACAGUUUGGAAAUACUACUUUCACUGAAACAACAUACAAACAGUCCUGUAAAGUUGCCAUUGAAAUUGCUUAG